CACGGGUGUGUGUGUGAGCGGCUGGAGGGGACUCUCUCCCCUGCGAUCUCCGUCCCUCCCUCCUCUGCUCCCUCCCUUCCACACUGUUUUGAUUUUCUAGGACUUCCUCCUCUGGGCGAGGGAAGGGGAGGAAAGACGCUGCGAGCGCCUGGUGUGCGUGUGUGUGCAAAGUGGAGUGUAAAAUGCUGUAAUGGGAGGAAACCGAGCCGCUUCCGAGGGUCCUGGACUGCAGCGGCCCUUCUGAUUCCAGUGGCACCUGAGCGCACACCUCCACACGCCAGCGCGACCUGUACCGUCAGGGUUGAGAGUGACAAAGGUGUCUUUUGUUACGUGAAUGAGGUGAUUUGUGGAAGCACCUGUGGAUGCGGCUGGUUGCCCGGAGAACCACCAACCACAGGAUUAGAAGGCUCCACCCAGGAAUGGAGACACCGUUGGAUGUUUUGUCAAGGGCAGCCUCUCUGGUGCAUGCUGAUGAUGAAAAACGUGAAGCUGCUCUCCGGGGAGAACCCAGGAUGCAGACCAUCCCUGUGGCAUCCGCCCUCACCAGUCACCGCACGGGCCCCCCGCCCAUCAGCCCCAGCAAGAGGAAGUUCGGCAUGGAACCGGGGGACGACGACCUGGACUGUGAAAACGACCACGCUUCCAAGAUGAGCCGCAUCUUCAGCCCCCAUCUGAACAAGACUGCCAACGGAGACUGCCGGAAAGACCCCCGGGAGCGGAGCCGCAGCCCCAUCGAGCGGGCCGUGGCCCCCACCGUGAGCCUGCACGGCAACCACCUGUACGCGUCCCUCCCCAGCCUCAGCAUGGAGCAGCCCCUCGCACUGACCAAGAACAGCAUGGACGCCAGCAGGCCGGCGGGCAUCUCGCCCACGCUGACCCCGGUGGAGCGGCAGCAGAACCGGCCUUCAGUGAUCACCUGCGCCUCCGCCAGUGCCCGCAACUGCAACCUCUCCCACUGUCCGAUCGCGCACAGCGGCUGCGUGGCCGGGCCGGCCAGCUACCGGAGGGCCCCGAGCUCCGCCGCCACCACCUGUGACCCCGUGGUGGAGGAGCAUUUCCGCAGGAGCUUGGGCAAGAACUACAAGGAGCCUGAGCCGGCUCCCAACUCGGUGUCCAUCACGGGCUCCGUGGACGACCACUUUGCCAAAGCCCUGGGAGACACGUGGCUUCAGAUCAAGGCGGCCAAGGACGGCGCAUCCAGCAGCCCCGAGUCGGCCUCGCGCAGGGGCCAGCCCGCCAGCCCCUCUGCCCACAUGGUCAGCCACAGUCACUCCCCCUCUGUGGUCUCCUGAAGAGAGCACCGUCCUCCAGCAAGACGUCGAUCUGCAUGGUUUGCCUGAGCUUUGAACAGUCAGUUCUUAAAAAAAAAAAACAGGAAAAAAAAUUCAUGGGAGUGGGGUGGGGGGAAGGGAAGGGAUGGUUUAUUUGCAAAAACCAUGUCGGGAAUUUUGUUCUGUUUUUGUGCUUGCUUGGUAUUCGUACGCCAGGGCCCUCAAACAUGAUAGUAGGAACGGCGUGUGGAACAUCUGUCUCAUGUAGCAUCCUAACUUCCUGCCUCAGUUACCAAAGAAACCUCUGAUGCAGGUCUGCUGCCCGACAGGGUCGGGACUCCAUGGCGCGCACUUUCUCAGUCACAAGCCAUGACAUUGGUGACCCAAAUGCUUUGUGCUUUUCCAUGUGCUUCUUGAGGCCGGGUGUGUGUGGCUUAGCUUCCGUGGCUUGUUCGGUCCAGCUCACGUGUGUGUGCGUCUACUUGAAGAGAACAGAGGACUCUUGUGUCUGAUUUGCACUAUUGGAGGAGGACUAGAGUUGCCUGCUUGACAACUUUAUGUGAGAUGCUAGUACUCUGAGGGCAAACUGCUGAAAACAAAGGGUUUAAGGAUGACAUUUCUGACCAUUUGUAUUUUUGUUUUUUUAAAUUUAGACUAGACAGCUUUGGAAGGGGAAGUCUCAUACCGGUUAUAGGUCUUUCUCUCUAGAUUUCAGGUGCUUGCAACUGGACUGCAGACUCCACCAAUCACGGGCAUUUUACUUUUUCUAAACACUGCAGUUUGUUAGGCUAGAGCUGGGGUUCCGUAGUGCUUUAAACAUGAUGCAUGUUUUAAAGGAGAAAAAUAGCUGGUUUCUAUUAAUUGUAUAGACAGUAAACACAAACCUUAAUACUAGCUUCUGUUCAGAAUUAGUUUAUUUUUGUCAGUUACAGUCCUAGAUAUACUUACUGCUGGUACAGUUGUACUCUAAGAUUUGUAUUUGAUAUUCACGUUACUCCCUAGUAGUGGGGCCAUGUGGCCCCUGGCAGGCCCUGGGACGGGCAGUCGAGUCGCUGGUCAGCCGUGGUGUAGGAUGCUGGAGUUUUUGCUGCAGGCUGACAGCAUCAUUUAUUUUUUGCAUCCCUGUCUGCUUAUUAUUGCUCCCAGGGGGGUUGGGAGUAGUGUCUUCCAACUUUCUUCUGUGCAGAAACUGCCCCCUUUAACUCUCUUGGCUAAACAGCAGAUUACUGACAAUCUGUGAUAUGCUAUUUUGUGUGCUUCCUCGUACGCUGGGGCCAAGGCAGUAUACAUUCCUCUGACUUUAUACAGUUAUUACUGCAUUUAUUAUCGUUUGCUAUAGUAAUAGCUACUAACUAGAAAUUAGAUGAAGAAGAAAGCAUGACAGACACAGCUGUGGAUGUUCAACAGCUGCUCCUCUUUUCAGUAAACGCAUGUGUCUAUCCCCCUGCCCCUCCACCGGGCUACAUUCCAGCCUCGCUCACUGGAGGGUUUAAGAAGUCACCUGGCCAGGUGAUGCUGGCAUGACCACCUCACCUGCAAGGCAUUGUGGACUCCCAGGAGCCCUCCAGGCUGGUUUUCAGCAUGAGAAAAUUACAGGUGAGCUGGUCCAUUUUGAAAACUGGCACCGGGUGAAAAGGUCGGAGGAUUGGCUCUUGCUGUGGUCACAGGGUGGCUGCAGGCCUUUGAAAAGGCGAAGGGAAAGCCCUGUCCUCUCGCCCCUGCACACAUUUCACUCCCACUUAACUGGGCUUCCAGGCUUUCGCAUCCAGGCCCCUGUAUUUUCUGUAGGAAAAACUGUUGAGAACACUUUUUUUAUAUAGGUAACUUUAAGACCAUCAUUACGCUGUGCGUAAAGAAUGUACAGAGAAAUUUGUAGGUAUUUUUUGAAGAACAAUUAAUUUGUUAAUGAUAUGUAGCUAUUUAAUUUUUCCCUUUCCUAUUGUAAUCAUUCAUAAUUUUUUGUUUGGAAAAAAAAAGUUGAUCUUUUUUUUGUCGUAGAUUUGUCUGUAAAAGUGCAGGAACACAGUUAUUCUAUGAGAACACUGCAUCUGCCUUAAUAGCCACUAGUUUGUUACCGCUACAGGCUACUGAGCAUCGCCACAGGAAACAACCCACUGCCAGCGGGCUCUGUGAAGACGGCUCCUCGUACAGCCGUCCGCUCGGGGAGGGGCAGGGGUGUGGCAGCUGGGUCCCUGUGCGCUGGCCUAUCUGGGAUAGGCAGUAUCCGGAGGGGCCUCAGCAGACGGGAAAGCAGGAAACCAAACAUUUCAUUGGGAAGGGACACACUCCCCGGCUGCAGGAGGAGCUCGGUGAGGGUCUUCACAGAGCCACGCCAUCCGCAGUGCGUUCUGACAGUUCUCUCCAUGUUUGUAAAUCUGUAAUAUACCAUUCUCUGUGGCCUGUUUUUCCUGGAAGAAGAAGAAGAAAAAAAAAGGUUUGGCAGGCCAUCUUUUUUUUGUACUUAAAAGUAGCCUUAAGAACAAUAAUAAAGUGCUCUUAAACCACGGA